AUGAUAAAAAAAGGUACAUUAGUUGAAGAUACAAAAACAGUUGUUAAAGCUUCAAACCAAAGCGAAUCAUUUAUUAUUAAUCAUGAACAUUUCGAAGGACCAUUUGAUUUAAAAGAAGAAGAUUUAUAUGAUCGAUAUUUACAGGGUCCUAAUCAAUGGCCUCGUGGUAUGCCAGAAUUUUGUCGAGCAGUUUUGACUUAUUAUCAUGAAAUAGAAAAUGGCCAUCGAUCCAUUGGUUUACGGAUGCUUCAUCAUCCACCACAAUCUUCACCAGUACCAGACGGUGUUUUUGGUAGUUCACCACAUUGUGAUCAUGGCUUCAUUACUAUUUUAUCUCAAGAUGAUGUGGGUCGUUUACAAAUAAAAACACCGAAUGGCGAAUGGAUUUCAGCUCCAAAUAUGAUUACAUCAAAUAGUGAAACUGCUUUCCAACUCAACCUUGGUGAUAGCGCUUCGAAAUGGGCAAAUGAUUGUUUUACUAGCAACUCCUCAUCGUGUACACGGUGGUGUCCAACUGAUAAACAGCCUAACUAUGAACCACAAACGUAUGGGCAACAUUUAAAAACUUCGCUAUCGAAUGAUUAUGCUGAAUUGUAUAAAACAAUUGAUGGUGCUAGUAAUGAAGAUACCAAAAAUGCAGAAACAAACUCAAGAUGA